AGAGAGAGUAGAAAAUCUAGAAGUUAAGGCACAGAACACAGUGACACGGAAUACCAACGUGGAUUACAUACGCAAGAUCCACGAACGAAGCGGAACGUUUCCAUAACUCAGGGUCAUUGUGAUUAUUAUAUUGUGUCUAUACAUCGUUUUUUCUUUUUCUGUCUCUUUUUUUUUUUUUUUAUUGUUCGUUCGUUCUAUUUUUAUUUUUGUUUCAUUUCCCGUAAACAAAGGAACAAAACUUUUCAUUAUGAAGACAUUGGUACCAUAUUUGGGUUGUAUUGCACUUUGUUUAGCCGUACCUUUACCACAAGACAACAAGAAUCUAGAUAAUUUGAUUAGUAAUGUUUUCGGUAGACCACCAUCAUCAACAACUCAACAACCAUCAUCGUCCGAUGAUGGAAGCUUAAAUUCUCUUAUAGAAAAUGCUUUAAAAAAUAGAGAUAUUUCUACCACACAAAGGACGAUUCUUGGUACAGAUAAUAAAUCAUCUAAUAAACCGGACGAUUGCGAAUGCGUACCUUAUUAUCAAUGUAGAAAUGGUACUAUUUUAAACGACGGAGUUGGCAUCAUCGAUAUCAGGUCCGCUUUUGAUGAUAAAGAUAUUAACGUUGCGGGAGUUUCUGGACCGUGUGAUAAUUAUUUGGACGUUUGUUGUAAGGCACCAGAUGUUGUAGGGAAGCAAGACAUUCCAAUUACACCACCGCCAACAACAAGAAAGGGUUGUGGUCAGAGACAUCCCAAUGGUGUUGGUUUCAGAAUUACCGGAGCAACCGAUAACGAAGCCCAAUUUGGAGAAUUCCCAUGGAUGGUAGCCAUAAUUAAAAAAGAAACUAUUGGCAGUGAUGGACAAAAAUUGAACGUUUAUCAAUGUGGAGGUGCUCUCAUUCAUCCAAGAGCUGUCCUCACAGCUGCACAUUGUGUUAAUGGAAAGAAACCUUCAGAGCUUAUAGUACGUGCAGGAGAAUGGGAUACACAAACGAAAAAUGAAAUUUACGCUCAUCAAGAUCGUAAUAUAGAAGCUAUAGUAGUACAUGAGAAAUUCCAUUCUGGUGCUCUUUACAAUGACACUGCCAUAUUGAUCCUUUCUGAACCAGUCGAAUUAGCUGAGAACGUUGAUGUCGUUUGUCUUCCCGAUCAAGGUGCUGUAUUUGAUGGAAGCCGAUGUUUCGCCAGUGGUUGGGGCAAGGAUAUCUUUGGCAAGGAAGGUCAUUAUCAGGUUAUCUUGAAAAGGGUAGAACUUCCAAUCGUGCCUCACGAUAAUUGUCAAAAUACUUUACGUCAAACAAGAUUAGGAAAAUAUUUCGUCUUGGAUAAAACAUUCAUUUGUGCUGGUGGUGAAAAAGGAAAAGACACGUGCAAGGGUGAUGGCGGAAGUCCUUUGGUCUGUCCAUUAAAAGAGGAUCCUAAUCGAUAUGCUCAAGCUGGUAUAGUUGCAUGGGGUAUUGGUUGUGGUGAAGAUAGUACUCCAGGUGUUUAUGCUAAUGUCGCUGAAUUUCGGCAUUGGAUUGACGAACAAAUUGUUUAUUACAAUUUGGAUAAUACCAUUUAUCAAUAUAAACCUUAAGGGAGACUGACAUUUACGUUCAUUUUCUCGGUCAAUACUUCAUUUUAUUUUAUUUUAUUUUUUUUUUUUUUUUUUUAUUCUUUAUAUUUUUUUUCGCAUCUCUCAAUGGCUUUCUAUUGUCGUAUUAUCGCUAUAUUUUAUAUAUUAAUUAAUUUUUAUACCGACAAAUACACAUUUAUUGACGUAUCUCGUAUAUAAGAAUGUAUUCUGUAUGGACGACUACACAUAUACACAAACAAACGCACACACACAUUCGUAUAUACGUAUGUAUAAAAGUAUAUUCUUGCUGACAAAAUAAAAAAUAAUAACAAAUGUUAUUAAAA